AUGUCUUCGUUUCUUAAUAAACUUCCAUGUGAAAUUUAUCAUAUCAUUUUCGAUUAUUUUUGGGCUCAUGAAAUAUUACAUUCAUUUCUUAAUAUCAAUGAUUAUAUCGAUAGUAUUCUAUUCAAUUAUCAGAAUUAUAAAAUCAAUGGUCAAUCAAUUCGUAAAUCUCAUUUUGAUCUUAUUUAUCAAAAAAUUCAACCAAAUCAAGUUACUUCAUUAAUUUUAUCGAAUGAUAAUCAUACACCAAAUCAAUCUGAAUUAUUUCGAUCUAGAGUUUCAAUUGAACAAUUUACACGAUUACGAGCAUUUAAAUCUAUUGAAAUAGCUGAUGAAGGUGCAUCAUACUUUUCAGAUUUAUAUAAACUUAAACAUCUUAUUAGUCUUGAAAUUAUUCUAAGAGAUAAACUACCAUUUAUUAAACCUAGUCCAUCAUUACAACGAUUGAUUAUAAAAGAACAUAGUAAAUCUUAUUUUAAUUAUAAUGUUGAUCCAAUAAUAACUACAAUUCACUUUGAACAUAUACGUUACUUAACAUUAUCAACUUGUUCCUGUAAAAAACUUCAAGAAAUAUUUCAUCGAGCUAUACAUCUGAUAUCAUUGAAUGUUACAUUUACGUUUGCAGAUAAAAAACAAAUGGCUAGACUCAUUAAUUUUCAUCAAAAACAAUCGAAAAUAAUUCCUCUCAAAUAUUUAUCAUUAACUAUUGGAGAAGAUGUCAUUCCAAUAACAAUAGCACGUGCUCAUCUCGAAGGAUUUCUUACUCCAUUUACAUGCUUACAAAAAUUCGAAUUGUUCAUUUAUUGUCAUAUGAAACCUGAAUGUUAUGAUGCAGAUCGAUGGAAAAUAUUUAUUGUUAAUAAUCUAUCACGAUUAACAACAUUUAAUUUUAAAUUUUCGGAUGUUAAUAUUGAUGAAAAUGUACUUGAUAAAUAUCGUCAACCAUUUUGGAUGGAAAAAUGUUGGUUUGUUGCUACAAAUGAGAAUUACUCAUCUCUUUAUACAGUACCUUAUUUUUUUCGAACUUCAACGAAAUAUUCAUCUAAUUCAAUAUCAUCAAAAUAUACAACAUUAUCCAUUAAACAACAUAUUACUUGUUAUGAUCGUGUUAUUGAGUUAGAAUUUGAUUCAGAUCAUCGACAAGCACUUCAUCGUUAUAAUAAUAUUGAAAAAAUUUCUCUUUCAACUUUAAAUAUUGAUAAGGAUGUUAUUGGUCUAUCAAAAGUAAAAUCAUUAGUUAUAAAAGAAGAAUCUCAAUGGACAUUCGGGAAAACUUUACUAUUUAUUAAAGAAGAAAUCCCAUCUGUUAAUGAUCUUUGUUUAAGUGAUCCUCAUCCUAAUCUUGAUGUUGAGAAUAUUCCAGAUAUUUCACUUGAACAAAUUAAAACAUUAACAUUACCUGCAUAUGAAGAACCUUACGAUGAUGAUUGUUUUCCUUGGUCUCAAUAUUUUCCAUGUGUGGAACGAUUAAUUGCUAAUGUUAAUUCAAAAACUCAAAUACCAGUUUUAAUCGAUGAAUUUAGAAGUAUGGUUAGCGGUGUCUUUUAUGUUGAUUCACGUUUCAUUGAUAGAAAAAAUCCCAUUGAAAUAACAAGUGAAUGGCUAAUAAAAAAUACACAUCGUUUAAGAAACAGAAAUCUCAAUGAUUUUGUUUGUAAAAUCAAUGACAAACUUAGUCGCUUUUCAGUUUGUGUAUGGCUCGCAGACGACAAAGAUCACAAAUUGUAA